AUGAAGCCCACCCCCUCAGGCUUCAAGGAAACCGAUGGCCCCACACUUCUUUUGGAGGGAUCCAACAGCCUUCGCCUACUGCAGCCAGGCAGCCUGGAGCCUCAGGAAGCAGAGCAGGAACUGUUGGCACAAAUCCAGCCUCUGCUGGCCUCUGUGGGACAAGGGUACAAUACAUCUCUGCUUCUCCAGGACUGGGGAACAGAGGCACCCCGCUUUGUGCCUCAGGUCCUACAGGUGCUGUUUGAGGAGGCUCUGCCUCUCUGCAGCUCUGGUCCUGUGCUUUCUACUCUCAGUCUGGUGCAGAUUAGCCCCAGUGGGCAGACGAGGGACCUGCUCUCCCCAUGUCUGGAGGACCUGCCAGUACUGGAUAUGGCCCCUCUGGGUUUAGUGGUGAAAGAUGCCAGUGAAGUGGAGGUGUCUGACGCCCAAGCUGCCUCUGAGGUGUACCUGAAGGCUGCUGGGCAUGGAGGCAGAGCCUGCCCCCUGCUGAGAGUGCUGGCUGGUGAGGCUGCUGGGGAGGAGGAGGGCUCUCUGCCCUGGAUUGUCUCCUGGCUCCUGGAAGGCAACAGCUACAGUAGCCUACUUCUUCACCUGGAUGCGCAAGGGAGCUCCCCGACUUUGCUCCAGGCUGCCCUGUUGGGGGCCUCAGGAAAGAGGGCGCAGGUGAAAGAGGUGAGGCCCACCUUGUGGAGUGCAGUAGAGGAGAUGAGGGCCCGUAGGGCCACUCUGAAGACACUGCGUUCAGUCCUCCUUGGAGACACCUUGACAGAUGGUGGGUUGAGCCAAUUUGGCAGGGCACUCUGGGAGCUACAGGUGGUAAAAGCCUGGGGACCAAGAAGCCAUGCAGUGGAAGGGGCUAGAGCUGAGGCUGCGGGGCUCCCAGACCCACAGGUUAAAGGCGAGCCACCAAGCCACAGUAAGCAGGGAAGACGUUUUGCUCAUUUGUCAGAGGCAGGAAGAAGAUUUCUAGGAUCUGGGCUUCAUCAAACACAUCCUCUCAGGCACUCUGAGGAACAGGUCGGGCAGUUCCCAGACGUGGCCCUGCAGUUCUUUCUGGCCCAGGCUCGGCGGCAGAGACUUCGAGAGCAACACCAGAUUCGGAUACAGGAAUUGCUGAAACAUGUGGAACCUCAGGAGGAAGUAGCCUGUAAACAGAUCAAAGGAAUGUUGGCAGGAGAGGCUUGUGAGGAGAGAGACACACAGUGGAAGGAGCAGACAGCGCUGAAGCUUCAGGUGGAGACCCUGCAGGCAGAACGGGACAUGGCAGAGCAUGAUCUGCUGGCCCUCUAUGACUCGUACGUACAGGCCACCCGAGCUCGGACAUGCCACUUGCUGCAGGUUUUCCAAGCCCGGCAGAGGCUGUGGGAGGAGAAGGCCAUGGCCACGGAAUACCACCACCGCAAUCUGCUGGCUGGAGUCCUCCACGACACCAUUGAUCUGGCUUUGAAGAUCCAGGAGCUCCAGGCCAGGAACCAGCAGCUUGAGCAGAGUGCAGGCAGGGCUGGUUGUGCUGGAGUUCUGCCCGGUGAGGAACCUGAUCGGGAACACUAUGUGGCUACUUUCCUUUGUCCUCAUUCAUGA